GCAAUCUAAUCUGCAUCAUAUUUAUACAUACUGUAUAGAUGGCUGUUCUCCUCUGUUUUCGUUACUUUAUGUGAAAGUGCAUUAUUACAAUGGACGUACAACGCAUACAAGAAUAUAUUGUAGUACAAGUGUAAAAAAUAAUUAUAUUUAAUGUUUAACAGUACGUAGUCAUGAUAUUGUUUUGUUUGUAAGUAUCCACCAAGUGGUACAUCAGGUGAAAACGUGUAAUUUUUAUUAAAAAACCAAAAUAACGUUAAACUUCCACAAAAAGAAAGGGACGUAAAAAUGGCACAAGAAAUUUUAAACAAUUUGCUCAGCUCCAAAGUUCCGGCAAAAGAAAUUCUGGAUUGGUUGACGACUGAUAAUUUAAAUAAGACUGAGUGGUUUGAUUUUAACAAAACUUGUCCAAGGGAAGAAUUCAUAACUUUCUUUUUAAAUUAUUUGAGAGACCAAUUCCAAAGUGUUCUCCAGACAUCUACCACAUUCAAAGAAACACCAGCAAAGAAAAUAUCACAGCAUCAAAGAAUUAAAACAUAUAGUACUGUAAAAAAUAAGAUCGGAUCUCAAAAUAAUGCUGAUAAUUCUUCAGCAGCAUAUCACAAAGAAACAGAGUGUAUUGCUAAAGGUUUGGAUCCCAACAAUGUUAAUAAUACUAAAGUAACACCUGCGAGAUGUAAUGUAACUGAUAUUGGCAAAUUAAGUAUAAAUCCACAAAGUAGUACACCUCUCAUGAAAACAAAAAAUUCUCCAAACAAGAAACGAGUUGAAUUAAUUAGUUGUAAUUCUUCUCAAAGCCGGAAUAUAAAUCCAGCUUUUAAAGAAAGUUUGGAAUAUGGGCGGGGUGGCAAUUUGACAGAUGAUAAAAGUUUCAAUAAUAGUUCUUUUCCCAGUCUUGGGGGAAACAGAUCUGUAAAUUUGAAUUCCCCUAAUUUAUCAACAAAUGCUAAUAAAAGUGAAUGUUCAGAAUUUCAUUCAAAUCUUUCUCAAAGAUCAAAUUUUUCAAUAUCAAACAAAGUAUUCCAAAGCCCAGUUUCUCCAUUGUAUAGUAAUUCAGUACAUAUGUUGAGCCCUAUAAAUGCAAAGACUCCUCAAAGCAGGUAUAAUGAUAAUCAAUCUAACAGCUAUUUUCAACUAAAUAGUACUAGUACUCCUGAAAGGAUACCAAAUAAUGAUAGUAAGAGUUCAUCGAGAACUCCAAGACAAAAUUUUGACUUGAGCGAGUUCAUUGUGACAGAUACUCGUUCAAAAAAACGAAGUGGAAAAAAAAAUAGUAAAAUAUCACAAAUUGAUGCAGAACAACAAACUCUUUUGUCGGACACAUCCACACAUUCAGAACAAAAUACAAGAAGAAGAAAAGUUAACCCUACACGUCUUAAUACUACAGAUGAAAAAGGUAACAAAGAAAAUACUGUUUUUGGUGUUGUAUCAAGACCAUUUAUGCAAAAUCCACAGUUUGUUAAUGUAUCGCCAAUUGAUAAAUCUGUCGAUAAUGAAAGUUUUCAAGUUGAAAGAGGACUUGUUAAAAUGGAAAGACAGAAGAAGCCUGAAAAUACUACAAAUGAAAAUACAAUGUCAAAUACAAAUACCUAUACUAGUGCAGUCAAUGAACCACCAAAAUAUAAAAUAUUGCCACGAACUCCAAGGAAAGUAGUUCAAUCAGGAUCAAUAAUUAUUCCUAACAAAGAGUCAGUUGAUAAUGAGAACGUUUUGGUCAUAUUAGCAGAGAUGUACAGUGGAUUUUUAGAUCACAAUUUAAUAGUAAAUCCAAUGAGAGAGUUAUAUUAUAUAAUUCAAUUGAUUACUGUUCAAUAUACAAAUAAUACUCAACAAAUAUUAUCUACCAAGCAAAAAGUAAGAGAACCUAUUAAUACAAAAACAAAUAAUGAGUCAACCGAUGAGAAAAAACAUCUAUCAGCUUUGAGAAAAUCUUUGAAUUUCGAUGAUUUUGGAGAAGUAGAAGAUAAGGAGAAAAAAAAUGACAAAGAAAAUAAUUCUGAACAUGACAAAUCUUAUAAUGAACUUGGAUGCUUAAAUUUAGUGGAUGAUGCAAAAGAAAAUUUGAAUAAAGUCAAUACAAAAUUACAAGAAUUUUCCGUAACUAAAAGUAGUGAUGAAAUAACUAAUAAUGUAACAAAGAAGAUAAAUUUUGAAGAGAUAGAUAUAGCAAAAAAUUGUGUGAAAUUGUAUCUUGAUACUCCACACAAUUGUGUGUAUUUUUCAACUUUAGUCCUUGAUUAUCAAAAGGCCUUUUUAAAAUGUUUAGAUAGAGUAACUUUAAAAUUACUUUGUGAAAAUAAUCAAAUUGCUACAUUUCAACCUGAGCUGUGCAAGUACCUGAAUACGAUUUAUAGUGUUAAAGUAGCUGAGUCAAACAAAAUUAAAUCUCUACUUAAUAUUGGGACAUUGGAGUUGAACGUGUGCUUCCAAAUAGAUACAGAUAAUCGUGAAAAAUUUCCUUCACUUCAUAGUUUUCAAUGUUUUAGAAAACAACGAGAUAUGUUUUAUGACAUUUUAAAAAUUUGGGAAGAUAAUCAUCUGGUUCCGGGUUGGACUUUCCAAAUAGCUUUAAGUGGUAAAAUCAAGUCAAUGCUUACCAUGCAUACAGAUAUUACUAAUUUUACCCAUUUUUCACGUCUUUUUAAAUCGCAAAUGCUCAUUUCAUGCAUUCAGAGUGGAAAUCAGGAGGAUAUAUUGGAUGACGAAACUGCUAGUUUUCUGAAAGACUUAAAAGACAUAAAUCCAGAAAAAUUAACACAACUUCAACGAAAAUUAGUUACACCAGUGUCACAAAAAGGUCCAGUUCCAUUGCCUUCGUUUCCUGGAAUACAAGAAUUUUAUAAAGACUUUAUUUUGUACGCGUCCAACGCCAUGUUUUACACUUAUUUGGAAAAUACUUUUAUUAGCGAAAUUAUGGAUCUGAACAACUCACAGUUUGCUGGUAGUGAUAUCGAAGAGACAGAAACAAAAGUUGAUGAACAUACAAAGCAAAAUUUUGUUGUCUGCUUAACCAGCUUAAGAUUACUUUCCAAAUUUUUGGGAUUUAUUACGUCUUUACCAUAUCAAUCGGAAACGUCUAUGUUGGAAGAUGUCAUUAUUUCUCAAGUUACUUUACGCAGCAAGGUUUUACCUCAUAUCGACUUGCAAUAUUGUCUUCAAACUGCAGUUUUACAGGGAAAGUUAUCAUUAACAGUACCAUGGGUGGUAGAAUACUUAUCAAUGAUGGAUCAUGCAUCACUUCGACUGCCGUAUUAUAAAAAAAUUUUGGAAAUGUUAUAUUGUAUUUACAGAGCUUCUAAUUACCAUGCUAUUACAAAUUCAGAAGAAUUUAUGUCUCAAAAAGCGGGAGUUAUGAUCAGGCUUUCGAUUGGUUGGCUUUUUGAAUUACCGAUUUUCCCUUCUGAGUUAUAUUACUCCUGGCAAUCAAAAUACAACGAUAAAGCACUAAAAAUGAUUUGCGAAGAAGAAAUCAUUAACAAUAUUGAAAACAACUUGAAUGACGCAGAAACAUCUGUACUUUCAGUAAAACAUUCAUUGUUUUUGGAUAAAUUAGAAAUGGUCGAUGAUCGCAUUUUAUAUAGUUGUUGUCCAUUUUUAAGAGAAUUAAAUAUUUUGUUGACACCAGGAAAUUCGAAUGUGAGUAAUAGUGCUUCUUAUAGACAUGUUACUCCAGUUACUAGUCAGUUACAGAAACCUACCAAGAAAACAAACACAAAACAUCUUGAGAUUCAGCUAGAGGAAGCAUUUUUCCAUGGUCAACCCAUGUCCACGCGAAAGACUGUGGAAUAUGUCUCAGAAAGAAUAGCUUCUAGUUCGGUCAAAUAUAUCUGUAAUAAUUUGUUACCUAUUGAAAGACAAGUUAUCUUUCAAGAGUUACGAAAUAUCAUAAAAGAAAAAUAUAAUGACGAAUUAGAAAAGAACCCUGAGUCGCUAAAGAACAUUUUGUUGAAAGAUAUAAGUUUACUAGCAAUUAGAGCCUCAAAUAAUAUAAAGGCAAAAAGUGAACAAGCUCUACCAAAAUUAUGUGAAGCUCGUAUCACACAAUCUAUUGAAUCGUUAUUAGCUGAAGAUUGUUUAAAAUCCGUUAAAGAUAUGUGUGUGAAAAUUGCAUUAAGAAUGACGAUAGAGAGAGUAGAUCAAUGGAUUCAUUCACAUAUCGUUGGAGGAUCUAGCUUCAUAAAAGAUAUGAAUUUUGAAUUAACUAAAAUUUGUAAAAUGGAUUUUGAAAUUGAUACGAAUAUGGAUAUAAAGCGACAUAAUCCAAAUGCACCAAGUCCUACAGAUAUUUUAGAUGAAUCAAGAAAUCUGAUCUGGGAACUGCUAGAGACACAGGGUAAAACACAAACAGAGAAAAGCAUAGCUAAUUUUUGGGAUCGCUUAUAUCUGAGCCUGACAGAACGAUCUGACUUACAAUCACCAUCUGAAAAAAUCAUCUCAUCUUUAAGUUUAGACCUGUGCUUAUUUUUAAUAACUUACAGACAAGAUUUAUUCACUGAUAAAAUACAGGAAAAAGUAUUGCGCGCUUGGAAAAUAGAUCACAUGCAAUUUUCUGAAUCAGAUUCACCAUUAUCAAAGAUAAUAAGCCCAAAGAAUGUUGUAUUAUUAUCACAACUUUCGAACAAUAAGAUUUGGAUAACACUUGGAAGAUUUUUAAAAAAAUUAUUGAAAGAAAAUAUUUUAUCCAUUGAUUUGCUGAAUGAACAAGCUGUAGCGUUGUUUAAGGACGAGUGGCCGAUUCAAGUAUCAAAAAAUUUGUCCACCUGUUUAAAAGAAGCUAUAGAUGGUUAUAGAUCAUCUGAUGAAGAGACUGAAAGAAUCAGGUGUUUAUUAGAAUGGGUAGCAGGUGCUCACAGUGAUAUGGACCGUGAUAGUUUUGGUUUCGAUUAAAACUAUCUGUUGAUAUUUUAUGCUGUUAUAUUUAUAAAUUCAUGAUGAAUAUUAAUGUCUGUCUGCCUGUAUGUACGUGUGCAUGUGAGUAAUGAGUGCUUGUUGAAAAGUGUAUACAAACAAAUAAUGAUGGAAUGAUCUAUACUUUUUUAAUUAACUUGUAUAAAAAAAUUUUUAGCUGCAUUUUUCAACGUGUGUUGAUAUUUUGUUAAAUGUUAUUAACAAUAAAAAAUGUAGGUGUUUAUUUUAUACAAAUUCAUGAUCAAA